AUUAGUGAUGGGUCGAACGGUUCGGAAUCCGAACCGAACCGAACCGAACCGGGGGGGUUCGGUUCGGUUCGUUUUUCGAACCUCGAGACCGGAAAAGGUUCGGUUCGCGAACCUUGACGAACCGGCUUUUAUAGAGGUUCGAAAAGCGAACCUCGGACCGGACCGACUAAACGAAAACCGCGCCGAAAACGUUCCACCAAUCAGAGAGCGACCUGAACCCGCCGAAGCUAGACAAAUGACAAUCGCGCAGGGUGGGCGGUUGUGUUAAAUUAAGGGUGGGGGUAGGACGAGAUGCGACCUGUCGUUGUGUUUCGUACCAUCAUGUUCUAGAGGGUGCAAGCCGAUUGGGGUUAGAUUUAGAACAACAACUAUCACUGACAGGUAAAUUAUAACCUUAAUUAACAAAUCUCUUGCGAAUUCUUUUAAUUUAUGUUCCUAGUCACAGUUUCGAGUUUCUUUUUACGUCCAGAAUGAGUGGGAGAUCGCUGAGGUCCGCGGCCAGCACCAGCAAGGGGACCCCCGAUGUCAAUAGGAAUCAAACCAGACAAGAAAUAGUGAGUGAUGAUGGCAACGAAAAUGAAGAUGAUAUCAUGGAAUGUGAUGGCGAAAGUGAUACUGAUAACCGGGAAAGUGGCCAUGAGAUUGAAAACAGUGACUCACAAAAUGAUGGGGGCGAACGGGCUUCUGCCGCCGGCGCUGCAGCCUCAAGUUCUGACAGCACAUCACUACUGGAUAAAUACUUCACCAGGCUAGAAGCGACAGAAGAAGCCCGCUGUAAGACUUGCUCGAGGAUACUUCAGACGCCUGGCAAAACAACCACAACUUUAUCAAGACAUCUAGAACGCUGGCAUAAGAAAUUAUAUAAUGAAUACACAAAAGAGCAGGAGAAAAAAAAACUUGCUAUUGCUAAAAGGUCUAAGGGAAAAUUUAAGAAGUUAAAGGGCCAACCAUCAAUAACUGACGCUUUCAAAAAAGUGACUACAUUUCCAAGGGAUAACAAGCAAGCUAAGAAAAUUACUCGUAAAAUUCUAGAAAUGAUUGCUCUAGAUUACCAACCCAUUAGUAUUGUUGAAGAUAAAGGGUUUAGGGCCCUUAUUAAUUUGCUCGAACCUAGGUAUGUCCUUCCCUCUAGGAAGUGGCUUUCAGGUAAAGGGCUACCUGAUCUUUAUCAAGAGAUAAGAGGAAAAAUCCAAGAAGAGAUUGAUGGUGACUUAAGUGCAAUAACUAGUUUAUCUUUUACUGUUGAUGGUUGGUCUUCCAGGAGCAAGGAAGGAUAUCUAUCUUUAACGCUUCAGUAUGCAAACAAAGAAGGUUUUCCGAAAAACUUUACCUUGGAGUGCAACCAUUUCCCUGGUGAACACAGUGGUGAAACUAUUUAUGAGAAAGUGAAAGAAAUGACUGCAGACUGGGGAAUUGACAUAGAAGAUGUUUUAAAAGAUAUCUAUGUGGUAUCUGAUAGUGCUCGAAAUAUGACUUCAGCAUUUAGCAACAAAAAUGUUGUUCCUAUCAAAUGUGCUGUUCACAUGCUACAAACUGUAGUGGACGACUCCAUGAUAGAAGCAGACCAGGAAAUUGAAACCCUUCUUAGUAAGUGUCGUCUAAUUGUUGGCCACUAUAAUCACAGCAACAAAUCCCAUGAAAGAUUGCAACAGGUUCAAAAGAGAUUAGGGUUGAAAGAACAUGAAUUAAUUCAAUCUGUGGACACAAGAUGGAACAGCACCUACUUGAUGCUAGACAGAUUAAAGGAACAAAAAGAAGCCCUGUGUGUAGAUCUACCAAAAGUAGGAAAAAUUGGAAAAAAAUCUGUUGAUCUUACUAAUGAUGACUGGGAGAAAAUAGGGGACCUGAGCACAGUUUUAGCCCCAGUGUAUGAAGCUACUCUGGAGCUAGGGAGGGAAGAUUGCCCCACUCUGUCCAUGGUGCUUCCUAUUGUCUCCUCCAUUCAGCAGACCUUGAGCACCUCAAUGCAAACAUCAACUUUUGCCAGGAAAUUAAAGAGUGCAUUGCUGAGACACUUACGUUCAAGAUUUGGUCCGCUUGAACAUGAAAACCACUACCUCCUUGCUACUGUGCUUGAUCCUAGAUUUAAAUUGGCCAUGUUUGAGACUGGACAAACAGUCAAUGUAAAAAAUAUCCUAAGACAGGCUACAAGUUCACUAGCAAGAAGGGCAGCUCAUGAAGAACCAGAGCCAACACCAGAAGUGGAAGAAGAAAGUGCACAAGAUAAAGGAUCAAUUUGGAAUAUACUUAAAAGUAAAAGCAGAGCAGAAAGGAAUCCAGCUCAAGGAAGAGUUAGAGUAGACCCCAUUCAGGAAGAAAUUGACAAAUACUUAAAUUUGGAGCUAAUCGAUCCAACUGCUGAUGCCUAUGCUUGGUGGAGAGCCAACAAGGACUUGUUUCCUAAUCUUUUCAAGCUUGCCCUGAAGUACCUAGGAAUUCCUGCCUCCUCCUUGACCAGUGAGAGGGAAUUUUCUAAGGCAGGGCAGAUUGUUACAGUAAGACGGGCAAAUCUCAAGCCUCUCACUGUCAAAAUUCUUGUUUUCCUACAUUGCAAUUUGACUUAAACAUCUU